AUGGCCCCCAAGGGCAAAGCCGCUGCUGCAGAUGGCAAAAAAAGGGAACCGGCACCCCGUCUCAAAAAUCUGCGCCUGAAGAUCGUGUGGGCCAUGCUUGGGACUGUAGCACUCAUCUCCCUCGUCAUGCUGAUCGUGAUGAGCUACCUCUCCAUGAAAAUAGCAGACUAUGUAGUAAAAUUGCCGGAUUACUUACAGAGAGCUGAGGAGUCCAUUAAGAAUCAGAAAACACAGUACAAAUCGCUCUUCAGGAAAGGCGGGAGGUCUGCCAGCGGCUGGCAGCUCUUUGGGAAGAGCCUUUACUACAUUUCCAAAGGAGAGAAGUCCUGGUACGACGCAGAGAACUUCUGCCUGUCCAGGGACGCCCAUUUGACCUCCAUCGUGAACGAGGAAGAGCAGGAGUUCAUCACCUCGCAGCUGGAUGAGCCAGCCUGGAUCGGCCUCACGGACGAGCACGAGGAGGGCACCUGGGAGUGGACGGACGGCUCCACGCUGCUGGCAGAGUACUGGUCCGAGGGCAAGCCCAGCCGCGCACGGCACUACGGGGAGGUGGAGCACGACUGCGCGGCCAUCGUGCCCUCGGUGCACGGGGACAACUGGAGCGACGCCGACUGCCACGGGAGGAACCGCUGGGUCUGCAAGGAGAGCCUGGACGCCAGGGGGGGCUGA